CGGCAUUAGGCUUGAAUGUAUGCUCUCAUUUCAUUUUCUCUUUACUUCACUUCCCUUUCACCUCGUACUAAGAACUGGACCGUAACCCCGACCCAUGGAUGAUCACCGCGACGAUCUUCACUGGCGUCUUUGGCUGGACUAGCUGGUCGGUCCACAGUGGAUGAUGGUCGGCUGUUGGUUCGCCAAUGACAACAGGCUGGUCAACGUCAAUCCCCGCAUUCUAUGUUGUGGUGGUGGAUGAUGCUUAUGCUAGUUACAAUGCAUCUACUUGGUCGGUUCAUCUAUCCUCGGCUCCCCCGCUUUGUUAUUUUUUUUUCGUGCUCAUUCCUUACUUUCCCCCCCUCCCUUGUUCUUGUUUUCUUUUCUCUUCUAUGAUUUCUCUUUUUCUUUUUCUCCCCAGCUACAUGCCGACUUAAUCCAGUAUCUCACGAUGAAAAGCUAUAUCAACCUGGCGAUC